AAACGAAACGCUUCGAAACGCCCAAAAGGAACAACAAUCUGGCUGGACUGGACGAAAAGAAGUCUCUACCCGCGAGUUCUGAAAGCCCAGUUUCUCACUCACUGUGAUCCAAAUCUCAAUCACACCUCUUACUCAUGGAGUCUCUCACCUCUGAUUUUUAUUUUUUAUUUUAAAAUUACUAAAAAUUAUAAAUUCUCUGAAGAAUUUCGGGACUAAUGGCGUCAUUCACUCCCACGCUUCCAUGGAUCCCCGAAGACGAUCUUCUUCUCAAGAGUGCCGUCGAGGCGGGUGCUUCUUUGGAAGCACUUGCCAAAGGUGCGGUUCGAUUCUCCCGCAAAUUCACGGUUGGAGAAUUGAGAGACCGAUGGCAGUCUCUGCUUUAUGAUGAUGAUGUUUCAGCUGAAGCUUCUGCUCGCAUGGUCGAGUUUGAGCAUUCUAAUAAGCCUAGUACCAGUACCAGUAGUAGGUUUGGUGUUUUUAAAGGAGGAGCGAGUGUAGGAGGUUCUCCUGCCAAACGAAAAGCUGAAAGCAUUCGUAGGCAGUAUUACGAGAGGCGUAAGAGAUUGUGCUCGUUUAACACUUAUAAUUUGAGUUUUAUUGAUGAACCUAUUGCUAAUAAUGAGCUUUUGGAUGGGAAUUAUGUGGUUGGAAAUCAUGUUGAGAACUAUUUUGGAUUUGAGGAUAAAGAUCUUAAUGUUGUGGAUCAUGUUUCCGCCGAUGCAGUUGGCGUUAGUGAUGUUGAUUCUCUGUUAGAUAUUCAUCAGAAAGGAACUUUGUUGUCCGGUGGAGGAUUUGUUGAAAAUGGUAGACAGCAAAAUGUUGAGCUAAAUAAUGGUGACCAACAGUUACUAAGAUCAGGAGAUGGUUUAAUUGAUUUUGGGAAUUGCUCUAAUGUUGAAGAGGCUGGGACAUCUCAUACAAUGCCGGAUAUGCCUCUUUGGAAGACAAUUGAAGACGUCCCAGCACCAGAAAUGCCCAUGGAUGUGGUUGUCAAAUGCCGGGUUGUUGAAGAGGAUGACGGCAAUAAUAUAAGUUCACCUGGAUACUCGCAUUUAACAUUGGGGGACUCAUUAGUGGAUACUGAGAUGAAUAGGUCAGGAGAUGAUUUUGCUGAUCUAUCAGAUUCCCUGUUGAACUUAACAAAUGAAAAUGAGCCUGUUGUCGUGGUUGCAGAUGGGGAAAACAUGAAGGACAAGUAUUCUUAUCAUAAGUCACUUUUGUUGAAUUCUCCCAAAGAUGUAAACGGAGAUCAUAUGUCAAAUGUAUGUCAACCAGAGACCUUGGAUGGAAAAACAAUUAAUGAUGUAUCUGGAGGUGUGUCUAGUGCAGGGAAGAAUGAUAAUGCUAAUGUGAGUCAAUCUGGUGGUGGUAAUCAGCAUAGUGUUUCUUGUUCUGAAAUCAAUAUCCCAUCAGUGCCAAACCCUCGUUCUACUGAACUUUACUAUGAAAAUAUGGAGUGCACAUUAAAUACCGAGGACCCUGAGGUCCCGUGUAAUGACGACAUGAUACAACCCAGAUUUACAGAAUAUCGUGAUCCUGCUACUUCCUUUUUGAAUAAAAAGAAUGGCAGGCAAGAAAAUACAAUCUUGAAGAAAGAAGAAAAGGUUGCAGAUCCAAUUGUGGCUUCCAAAUUUUCAGGACAGAGAAUGGUUCCAAAAUCCAGUCCUAGCUUCUCACUUGUCGGAUGUGGUGUUAAGGAAGAAUCUUCUGAUGGGAACCAUCUAGCUUCAGUCUCCAAACAAGCAAAAGAAAUCCAUGUCGAUCCAAGUCAAAGCAGAUGUGUACAUGCAAUUCCUAAGUAUUUAGCAAAUCAAGUGCCAAAACAAGAGGGAAUACCUGCUCCAGUUACAAUUAGGGGGAAACAUGCACUCUUAUCUACAGAGCUAGGUUCCGCUGGUCCAGUUUUGUUGGAACCGGAAGCAAACCCUUCUACACUAGAUCAGGAUGAAUCUGAGGAAGAACCAGAUGGUGGCAAUAAUCAUGUUCCUUCUUUUUCUGAUAUUGAAAACAUGAUACUAGAGAUGGAUUUAAGUCCAGAUGAUGAGGAUCAAUAUAUCAGUAAAGAAGUUUUAAGGUAUCAGCAUGAGGAUGCUAAAAGGAAAAUCAUGAGGUUGGAACAGUGUGCUCGAGCUUCCAUGCAAAGAGCCAUAGCAUCCAAAGGGGCAUUUGCUAUAUUGUAUGGCCGCCAUUCAAAGCAAUAUAUUAAAAAACCUGAGGUCAUACUUGGACGAGCAACGGAAGAUAAUGAAGUUGACAUUGACUUGGGAAAAGAAGGGCCUGCAAACAAAAUAUCUAGGCGGCAGGCUCUUAUAAAGAUGGAAGGAGAUGGUUCUUUCUUUUUGACCAAUAUCGCGAAGAGUUCAAUCUUUGUGAACGGGAAAGAAAUAGCAACCGGACAUCGCAUGUGUCUUAGUUCAAGUAGUUUGAUCGAGAUUAGAGAAAUGUCGUUUGUGUUUGAGAUGAAUCACAAAUCUGUGAAGCGGUAUCUGGAGAAUAUCGGCAUAAAUAACAAACAGAAGUAUACAAAGUUUGAAUGGUCAUGAGCCAAGGGAAAUCACCAACACCCAACACAUAAAUGAGGUCAAAAGCUAUUCCAUUUCGGGUUUCCUUUAUGAAUUUUGUACUACUUUUUUUGUUAACCUAUAUAUUAGCAUCUCCUCAGCUACAUGGUCCUGAUUAUUGACUGUAUAUACAGGUCUUUCUAACGUAAUUAAUUCAUAUUAUGUACAGGUAGGUAUUGUUUUUUUUUUUUUAUUAUUUGUCUAAGCAUCAUAGUAUCCUUCUAUGAUUGAUCCUCACAAUGAAGAAAAGUAUAGUGAGCAUGUUCGAUGA